AUCAAAACCUACCGAAUUUAUAGCUCUUAAUUUAAUUGCAAUACAACUCCUUCAAUCUUCCACUCAUCUCAAUCCAUAUCUCAUCUGGGUUUUCUGUGUGAUGGGUGCUUGCGUUUCAGUUCAUCAUAAAGCUUCUGCAAUGAAAGUACAAGUGUCGUUUGAUUCGGCUAAUAAACCUGAUCGUAAGCCGGUGAUUCAUUCGACUGAUGGUCAUGUUGCUGUUAAACCUCAGUUGCCUCCCAGUCAGUCAGUGCCUGCUUUUUCUGAAUAUGGUAGUAAGGAGGAGGUGUUUUUCGAUUCCCAAGCAUGGUUAGAUUCAGAUUAUGAAGACGAUUUUAUGAGCGUCAACGGUGAUUUUACUCCAUCAAGAGGCAAUACACCUGUGCACCACAGUUUAAUUUCAUCAAGAACCAAUGGUUCCAUCGCAAAACCAUCCCCACCUCCAACAGAGAAGAGAAAAAGACUUUUAGACUUGUUUAAAGAAAGCAAAAGAGAGAACCAUGGUUCUUCUAAUGAGGAAUUUGCUGAAUCACCUAACAAGCAUGGUGAUGGAAUGUCAUCAAAGAAGUCUGCAAGUUCUAUGCAUGGUUGCUUUACGAGUUUGCUUUCUGUUCGUAGUAGCACGGGAAGGCAUAACAAGAAGAGCGUGGGUCACAGUCCCGUUGUUGGGUCAUAAGUUAUCCCCUCUAUAACUUUGAUAGUCACGAAAGCGGUACCCUUUCUGUGGAUAAAAUGUAAAGCUGAAAUAACUUAUCUUUGGUUUAUUAUCGAGUGAUAUAACAAUUAUGUGAUUUCUAAACAUCUAAUUUUUGGGCAAUGCUGAAUGAAAAAAAAAUCUGUUAAUCAUA